GGAAAACCCCUAGUAUACAAUAAUGAUUAAUCACUAAUGUUGGAAAUAAUGGCUAAUAAUUUUUUUAGCAAACUAUAUCCCAGUGGUAAAUUCGUUUCAUCUAACAUUGUAUGUUAUCAACACAGAUACGUAAGAAUUUAGCCACUAAAGAUCCAAUUAACAAAUAUUUUACGUGAUAAAUAUGAAUUAAGUUGAUGAUCAUUUAUAGCGUAACAAAAAAAUGUUACAUUAUACACCCAAGAUAUUACAAUUGCUUACUUUGCAGUUAUCAUGUAUUGACUACAUCCAUAUAUACUAAAAAUCUCUUGAGCUCCGAUGAAAUCUCGAAAUAUAAUAGAUUGUUUUUUUUGUUUACCACAACUUCACUGCUAUUCAGUCUCUGCGGCGAGCGUAAGUCGGACAUGGAGAAAUCCAAAUAUGAUUUCUUGUUAAAUUUCUGCAAAAAUAGUAAAAUAAGAAGAUGAUUAUUUGAAAAUAAUUGAGAAUAAAUCUGUUAAUGAAAAGUUAAGAAAGAGAAAAGUGAUGGUGAACAUCGAAGACAAUGGAGGAGAGAGUAUGAGAGAGAUGAUGAAGAAUAAACUAUUAAAAAUAAAAAAAAUUGUGGUCGAGAAUCACCUAUGUUCAGACAAUGAACAGAGCUACAUUUACCUAUUUAGCAACGUGGCCUAAAACGAAGGGCAAAAUAGGAAAAAAAAGACACAAUUGCUACAGUCAUACGGAGUUUUAAGCGUGUUAGGAUAUUUAGCAAAUAUUAACUCUGGAUGUGUAUAUUCAAAGAGACAUUAGAUAAGAGUGUUUUUAAUUUAAACUACUCAAUAAAAAUUGCCAGAGUCUGAAAAAACUUAUUUCCCUCUCGCGGGAGUAUUUUUUUUGGCUCCAAACACUUUUUUCCCAAAAGACCGCCUCCUCCAAGCUCUCGGGUGCUAUAAACCCAAACGGAUCUCCAAAUGAAAUUCCUUCAAACUCCACAGCUCAAAUCCACCGUCGAAUCUUCUACUCAGUCGUCUUCCCCCCAGAGAUGGAGAGCCAACAGAAGCGCCAGCGAACAACACGCCUCCCCGGAAGGAACUUGAAGCGAAAGCUGUCCCGGGAUACAGACGCGGCGUCGUCGAUAGUCAUGCAGAUUACGGAGGUCGAAGACGAAGAAGCAGAUUUCGUCGCCUCGAUCCGCCGCCACGUGGAGGUUUUGAACUCCGGCUUCUCAGAUCGCGAAGCCGUUAAAGAAGCUGCUGCUGCUAUCUCCUCUCUCGCUAAAAUCGAUGAAAACGUGGAGAUGAUGGUGGAGAAUGGAGUCAUCCCUGCUUUGGUUAGAUAUCUAGAAUCGCCGUGGUCUUUGGCGAUCAAUCCAAACGUUCCUAAAUCGUGCGAGCAUAAGCUGGAGAAAGAUUGUGCUGUUUCCCUUGGACUUAUCGCUGCUAUUCAGCCUGGUUACCAGCAGCUCAUUGUGGAUGCUGGGGCCAUAGUUCCCACUGUGAAGUUGUUGAAGAGACGCGGGAUUUGUCUUGGGUGCAUGGAAGCUAACGCUGUUAUUAGGAGAGCUGCUGAUAUCAUCACUAAUAUCGCUCAUGACAAUCCAAGGAUUAAAACAAAUAUAAGGGUUGAAGGUGGCAUUCCACCACUUGUUGAGCUUUUAAAUUUUCCGGAUGUCAAAGUCCAGAGGGCUGCUGCAGGGGCCUUGCGAACAGUUUCAUUUAGAAAUGAUGAGAACAAGAACCAAAUUGUGGAGUUGAAUGCUUUGCCAACGCUUGUGUUGAUGCUUCAGUCAGAAGAUCCUUCUAUGCAUGGCGAAGCGAUUGGGGCGAUUGGAAAUCUUGUCCACUCAUCUCCUGACAUCAAGAAAGAGGUUAUCCGUGCUGGUGCCUUACAACCAGUGAUCAGUUUACUUAGCUCCACUUGCUUAGAGACACAGAGAGAAGCAGCAUUACUAAUAGGUCAAUUUGCUUCGCCUGAUUCAGAUUGCAAGGUGCACAUUGCUCAGAGAGGUGCCAUUACACCAUUGAUUAAGAUGCUUGAGUCAUCGGAUGAGCAGGUCAUGGAAAUGUCAGCUUUUGCUCUUGGUCGUUUGGCUCAGGACACACACAAUCAAGCUGGCAUAGGACAAAGAGGAGGCAUCAUCUCACUACUAAAUCUUCUUGAUGUGAAUACUGGAUCUGUGCAACACAAUGCUGCCUUUGCUUUAUAUGGCCUUGCAGAUAACGAGGAAAAUAUAGCAGAUUUCAUCAAGGCUGGAGGUAUUCAAAGGCUUCAAGAUGAUAACUUCACAGUUCAACCGACUAGGGAUUGUGUGGUGAGGACAUUGAAGAGGCUAGAGAACAAGGUUCAAGGACCGGUACUGAACCAAUUAUUAUAUGUGAUGAGAACCACUGAGAACCCUAUACAAAUGCGAAUUGCUUUGGCACUUGCACAUCUCUGUGACCCUAAAGAUGGAAAAUUAAUUUUCAUUGAUAACAAUGGAGUAGAGUUUCUGCUGGAGCUUCUAUACUUGUCAGGCAUGAAACAGCAGAAAUAUAGUUCAAGAGCUUUAUUUGAAUUAGCUAGAAAAGCUACUUCCUUUGCGCCAGAGGACUCAGCUCCUUCCUCACCCACCCAACGGGUGUUUUUGGGUGCGGAGUUCGUGAACAACCCUACUUUGUCUGAUGUCACAUUCCUAGUCGAUGGUAAACAAUUCUAUGCUCACAAGAUUUGCUUGGUAGCUUCCUCUGAUAUAUUCCGUGCAAUGUUUGACGGGCUUUACAAGGAACGGAACGCCCAAAACGUGGAGAUUCCAAAUAUAACAUGGGAAGUGUUUGAGCUUAUGAUGAGAUUCAUAUACACAGGAAGAAUUGACAUCACCAAACAUUUGGCUCAAGAUCUGCUUGUUGCAGCUGAUCAGUACCUUAUCGAAGGCCUCAAGCGCCUUUGUGAGUACACAAUCGCACAGGACAUCUGUGUGGAUAACAUACCGUUAAUGUAUGACUUAGCUGAUACAUUCAACGCUUCAGCCGUAAGACGAGCAUGCACUCUCUACGUUCUUGAACAUUACACUAAGCUCAGCUCUGAAACAUGGUUUCCCAUGUUUAUCAAGAAAAUUAUUCCUGAAAUCCGGACAUACAUCACAGAUAUUCUCACACGGCCAGUCCAAGCUAGCUCAACCGUUGUAUAAAACAUUUAUAACUAGAUUCCUUUUAUUUUGGUUAGAUAACCAGAUUGUAUCCUUGUUACUGCGAUUUGCUCAACUCAGUAAUAUCAAGAGGCCCUCGAAGUUAGAUUUUCUGUAA